CUUGCCUGUUCUGCUACAGGAAGUCAUACUGUUAACCGCUGAAAAGUUUGUUUCACUUUUAAACAGAGUGAAAACAAAUAAGACUCGUGUUCUAUCAGGCUGAAGAGUUAUGGACAGACUACAGUUUUUGCUGUUGGUGUUCUGCUUUGGAAACUACUGGCAUCUGCUCCAAACUCUUGAUCAAGCUGCUCUGCGUUUUGUGGUGCUCGCUGACUGGGGUGGUGUUCCUCUCCCUCCGUACUACACUCCUCAUGAGGAGGCUGUCGCUGCAGAGGUGGACAAGCUGGUCCGGAAUGAAGGAGUGGACUUUGUCCUCAGCCUCGGAGAUCACUUCUACUUCAGUGGUGUCAAGAAUGUAGAAGACUCCCGCUUCAAGCACACAUUUGAAAGCGUCUUCUCUCAGCCCUCGCUGCUGAAUAUCCCAUGGUACCUGAUCGGUGGAAACCACGACCACAGAGGCAACAUCUCAGCUCAGAUGGCUUACUCUGACAUAUCCCACCGAUGGAAUUACCCAGGUCUCUAUUAUGACCUCCAAUUUAAUGUCCCACACACAAAUGUGUCAGUGAGUAUUCUGAUGAUUGAUACAGUGGUGUUAUGUGGAAACACCUACGACCAAAUCCAGCCUUCAGGACCAGAGAACCCCAGAGCAGCAGAUCGUCAGUGGAACUGGAUCAGUUCUAAACUGGCCAGCAGCAGGUCAGACUAUGUUGUAGUGGCUGGUCAUUAUCCUGUGUGGUCCAUUGGCCAUCAUGGACCAACAUCCUGCCUGGUUAACAGAUUAAGGCCCCUACUGAAGAAAUACAAAGUCACUGUGUACCUGUGUGGCCAUGAUCACAAUCUGCAGUUUAUCAGAGAGGAUGAUGGGAGCUCAUAUGUAGUCAGCGGGAGUGGGAUGCAAAGCGACCCUGCCACCAAUCACAGGGACAAUGUUAAUCUGUCCUGGCAGCUCUUCUCCAGCCCUGUCAGUCACACAGAAGGAGGCCUGGCUUACUUCCAUGUCACUGAGCAUCAGAUGACAGUCAGUUUCAUGCAGACUGAUGGGAAAUGUGUUUAUCAGGCAAAGCUGCCAACACGCACACACUAUAGAGAUUUUCUCUAAGACCUCCAGGACCAGUGCUUCUCAAGCAGCACAAGAAGCAAUGGCACUAAAGGUCACAGUUAGAAACAGUGUCAUAUUGUUUGUACAUGUGCUGAAUAGUGCUUACUUUUGCAUAUGAAUAUGAUAUUUACACAUAUUGUGUCUCCUCUCUUAUAAACCUAUGUAUAUAUUGUUAUGUGUUCUACCUAAUGCUGUUUUCAAAAUUUUACAUACUGUCGUUAUGAAUAUGGUUCAGUGGCUCUGUGAAGCCCAGCAACAAUAGUUUAAAACAGAAGUUAAGGAUCUCUGAACUUUUUGAGUGACAGCAUGUUACUAUUUGAGUUAGUUAAUUUAAAAAUUAAAACAAUAUACAUAUGUAAUAUAUUUAUCCACACUACUCAGUACUAUAUGUAUUGCAAGGGUGUGUCAGGCAGUUCCUCAAAAUCAAAAUAUUUUACAUCAAAAUAUGUUAAUAUUUUACACCUUUUUAUUAAGAUAAAUUCUCGUAUGGCUGCUUGUGUUGGGGCAGCAUCUACCAUCUGAGAACUUUAGCUUCUUCUGAAAAACAAGAGACCUUUAUAGAUGAUUUCUUUGUAGUACUUGGAGAAACAAGUAUUGAUUUUUGAUCUGUACCAAAAUUCAGUUAUUGCAUCAUCAGUGGUAUUGACAACUUUCCUACAAUACCCAACCAACAACCAAGACUACAUAUAGGCUAUACUUGCCAUUAUUACUUGCCAAUAUAUUUUAGCAUGUAGCAUGCACUGCAUGAUAUGUAAUACAUGAUUCAUCAUGUAAUUUAUACACUGUUGCCCAUAAAGUUGGAAUAAAGUAUUUUUUACCAGUUCUCAUUAAAUGAUUGUGACAAUGUGAUUUAUUCUUGAUAUUGAUCUUCUCAAAACUUUAUUGAUUUAUCUCUUCCAAUGUGAUUACUGAUGUGUAUACAUAGGAAUAAAAAGGAAUAAAAAAAGGAAUGUGUCUGAAAGCAAAAUUAUUCCAACUUUAUGGGCAACAGUGUAGUUUGUAGGAAAUCAUGGUUUCUGAAAAGGGCAAGAACCCUAGACUGAAAGAGAAGCAAAUGUUCCCAACUGAAAUAGAGAAAGUUCCAUCACUCAAAUAAGAUGUAAACCAGUCUAGAUCAAUCUAUCCAGUUUUCUAGUAUAUCAAAUAUGCUAUGAUGGCACGGUAGUGCAGUGGUUCUCUGUGGGUACUCUGGCUUCCCCCCACGGUCCAAACACAUGCAUAAGGUAACUGGUGACUCUAAAUUGUCCAUAGGCAUGAGUGUGAGCUUGAAUGGUUGUUAAGUUCAUAUGGCAUAAUGAAACUUGUUUCAGAUUUUUUUAUUUAUUUAUUUUUAGUUUGGUUUACCCUAGGUUAUACAUAUCUGUAAAAUGUCAAGAAUAACACAACAAAGCCCAAAACUUAUUUCCAUUAUCGUCCUUAAACCACUAUACAAAUCUAAAAAACUAUACAAAUCUAAAAAAGUUUUUUAGUAGUGGUCUUAGCAACAUCAUAACACCAUCAGUUCCAUAGAAUAAAUACAAUGUGUAUCACAAUAAAAUCAAUAAUAAAAACCAACAAUUGUGACAUAAUAGUGUCACACUGGUGCAUGAGCAUUGGGUCACAAAGGUUUGGAGGAUCCAGGAUGAACCAGGUUACAAAAAUCUCUUCAUCAUGUGACUUGAUCAUUAACUUUAUCUGAACACCACAGCUAAUCUGUUAACAUUUUGGUUUCACAUCAAAGGAUAAGACUGUUGGUAUUCCCUAUUCUUCUUCUUCUUGGCAACAAAUCCCAUGAAAACAAUAAACCCAACAAUGAAGUGAUCAUACUUACAAGUGAGUUUGUGAAUGCAAAACAGAACAACACCAGACUGAUCUUUUAAUUAUUUCAGUGAAGGCAGUGCUACAGUAAGUUAUAUGUUGAUGGUUUCUUGUUAUACUAUUGUCUGUGCUGGCACUAGAACCAUUUACAUGUCCUUUCAUGACUUUUCUCACAAUGCAAGCUAUAGAACUACCUGGAUGAUCUAUGAGCCUAAAAAUGCAAAUCUAAUUAAUAAUGAAUUCAAAAUGUUUACAUAUACUGCAUUUGUAACAAAACAACAAAGCCAUUAUAAACUACAUUAUGAAAAUGCAUUUUCAAUUGAACAAAUUAACAGGAAGUUAAUGAAGUCCAAAUUUUAAACAAAUAAAAAAAGUAGUUUUCUUUAAAA